AUGCCCGGCCCCCAAAGGUGUACCUUGCUCUUAGGCAAUGUGGCGGUGAACUCGGCUUUAUCGAUCCUCACCGCCGACAUUGCGAGUGGCCUCAUUGGUUUUCUCGUUUCCACUGCUUUGAUCGUCGUGUUUGGUGAGAUCCUGCCACAGGCAGCGUGCUCCAGAUAUGCGCUGCAGGUAGGAGCAAGAACAGUUCCCAUCGUCAAGUUCUUAAUGAUUCUGUUCUUCAUCAUCACGAAGCCUAUGAGCAUCAUCCUAGAUUGGAUGCUUGGGAGGGAAGUUGGCACAAUUCACAGCCGAACCGAGCUAAUGGAGAUGUUGAAGCUGCAGAUCUCUUUGGGAGCUGUUAGCGCCGAAGAGGGAAAGAUAGCACAGCAGGUAGCUGAAGGAGCACUAAGCUUUCGUGACAAGCAGGUGGGUGACAUCAUGACGCCACUGGAAGAUGCAUACUUUCUCAGUAGCCGCACCAAGCUAGGGUAUGAUGCCAUUCGGGAAAUCUUUGAGACCGGAUAUAGCCGCAUUCCCAUCUACGGCAUGGACAAGCACGACUACCGAGGGCUCCUUUACACUAAGGACUUGAUGCUGGCCGAUCCAGAAGAUGAGAUGAAGGUGGGCGACUUCAUCCAGAUAUUUAACCGGAAGGUAGAGACGUUCUUCGAGGAGACUAAACUAGUACAGUGUUUGAACGCCUUCAAGAAAGGGGGCACACAUAUGGGCCUCGUCCGAAAGGUUGGCAGCCUACUGUGA